AUGGAUUCCUCUAAAAUUACAUUUGAAUAUGAAACAGCUUAUGAACUCUUGGUUCGACUUGGAGCCGAUGGACUGUUUUUGCACACAUCCCUCCCAACACUUAAUAAAGUCCUGGAAUUAGUUCCCGGAAAGUGUUAUGAGUUGGAUGGAGAUAUAGGGUCUGGAAAAACACAGCUUUGCUAUUCACUGGCAGCCAAGCUUCUUCUCACAAAGAAAACUGCGAAGAUUGGUUGGAUCAGUGCAGUUCCUCUAAGAACUGAUCACCUUUCUCAACACAUUUCUUCUACGGACGCUGAUGAAACAAGCCAUCUUCUUGAUCGUAUUGUUUGUAAGAGAGUUGAGAUGGUUUCCGAACUUCGUGAUUCACUGAAUGCCUUGUGUGAAACAAUCAAUAUGCAGUUGGUGAUCGUUGAAAAUAUUGAUGCUAUACUCCAUGAUACUGCAUAUGACCGAGAAAUGGGAAGAAAUGUACAGAUUGACAUAUCUGAACGGCUACGAAAACUGACUAGGUCUGGAAUAACUGUUAUGGUUACGAAUCACAUCACAUACUGGCGUGGCUAUCCAGCACCAGCACUCGGAAACUUUUGGGCGUCACAAAUUGAAAACCGAUUCUUUGUGGAAAGACGAUCCGAGGAGUCAAAUGUUCGGAGUGUUUCAACAAUGAGAGGGGGAAAUGAAAAAACAAUCCGAGUUGAUUUUGAGAUCAGCGAUGGAGGAUUGAAAGCUGUUGUGUAG